CCCUCUGCCUCCUCGAGAGUCUCUGUGGUGGGCGGCAUGGCCUACUUUGCGCCUAGCGGUCGAGGGGAGGGCGGCAAUGGUGGAGGGGGAGAUCAGCCAUCAGAUCCGUCGUAUCCGCUUCCGAUCUCAUCCUCGACUACGCAGCUUGGACCGCAGCAGAAUGGCGUUGCAACGGCCAUUCAGGGUGGAGCACCUGCCAUUCCACCGUUGAACGGCUCAUCUUCGGGGCUGGAGCUGAUGGGGGGCGCGCAACGGACAAUGAAUUCGGACAAUCUCUCCUCGACUUCUGAAGCGCAAGCCGGACCUUCACGCUCUCAACUCGACCUCUUCAUGGCGAUGGCCGCCACUUCAUCCGCGCAGCCUCACCAGCAGCUUGUUGUGGAGAGCGACGGUCGCGCACAAAUACAGCCCAUGGACGAGGUACAAGAUCCAUGGGAAAUUGCCAACCCACCACCGCUGGAUCCCAGAUCGGGACCAUAUGCAGCUUCGGACCACAUGCCCACACAAUUCCUGGAAAGACGGUCGCCUUCGCCCAGUAGGGGCAACCUCUUCUUUGCCAAUGGCGACGGCAUGAGCCUCGCCCUUUCCGUCUCGUCGCCCUCUUCCCGUUCCUCGAGCGUAGCGCCACCGGGAGAAUACUCGCCUCAGAGUCGGCGCGGUGUCAAGACCGGCCUCGUGUACAGUCACCUGAUGAUGCUUCACACCGUGCCUGGCGUGACCUCGAGCGACGAAGGCGACUUUCACCCAGAGCAGCCCGACCGUAUCAGUCGCAUCUUUGACUACCUCAAGGAUCACGGGUGUGUGGCUCACAUGAAGCGUAUCCAAAUACGGGAAGUUAAGCGAGAAGAGAUCCUGCUCGUCCACGAUGCCGGCAUGUGGGAAGGCGUUGAAAAGACGGCAUUCUUCACCACGGAGACGUUGGCCUUGGAGACAGAGACGCUGGAGCGCACUGCCUCGCUCUAUAUCAAUGAGCACUCGGCCAAAUGCGCACGGCUGAGCUGUGGAGGCGUCAUUGAAAUGUGCGAGGCCGUUGCCAGCGGAAGAGUGCGCAACGGAUUUGCCGUCGUCAGACCUCCGGGUCACCAUGCCGAGCCCGAUCGAUCAAUGGGUUUCUGCCUCUACAACAACGUAGCCGUGGCAACGCGGUACCUGCAGCGACGGUACGGGGACUACGAGGGAAGAGAACGGGUGCAAAAGGUUCUCAUUCUUGACUGGGACGUACAUCACGGCAAUGGGACUCAACAGGCAUUUUGGGACGAUGAAAACGUCCUCUACAUAUCUCUGCAUCGCUACGAGAACGGCGAGUUCUUCCCUGGUGGUAUCGGUGGUGCAGAUGAUCAAGUGGGCGUCGGAGCCGGAGUGGGGCGAAAUGUCAACAUCCCUUGGCCGGAUUCAGGCAUGGGUGAUGGCGACUAUCUGGCGGCUUUCCAACGCGUUGUCAUGCCGAUCGCCCACGAGUUUGCACCCGACUUCGUCAUCAUCUCUGCUGGCUUUGAUGCCGCUGAAGGAGACCAUCUUGGUCAAUGUAGGGUGACCCCCAAUGGCUAUGCUCAGAUGACCCACGAGCUGGCCGCGCUUGCCAAUGGGCGACUCGUCGUCGCGCUCGAGGGCGGGUACAAUCUGGAAUCAAUCGAGCGUUCGGCACUCAGCGUCACAAAUGUCUUGCUAGGAGAAGCACCUCCACCCGUCCGCGAGGGGACUGUAUGCAGCGUGCCGGCCAAUCAGGCCAUCCGUCAGGUGGAGCUGAUUCAGGCAAAGCAUUGGAAGAGUGUCCAGCCCACGUCGGCUCAAGAUGGCUUUGGAUCCGAGGAGGACUCUGGCGUGCCUCUGGUGCAGCUACCAGAGCUCAUCAAGGCCCACCGGCUGCAGGCAAUCGCAAGGAAGUACCAGCUGGGUACCCUGCCCGUCUUGACGCAAGAGGGCGCUGGCUUCUUUGACGGCUCGGUCUUGACCAGCAUGGACCUUCUAGAUAAAGAUCCGGCGUACGAGACAGUUGUCGUCUUUGCCCACGACAUGGGCAAUUUGCGAGCCGAGAUUCCGCUCUUUGAAAUCUAUGCCGACAGGGAGAGGGCCUACAUGGUUGACGCCAGCUCCAAGAUCAUCGACUGGGCUAUGGAACGGGGCCACGCCAUCAUUGACGUCAAUGUCGAUGCGCAACUCCCUACGACGAUCAAGCCGCCUGUCCUGACGGGCGGCACGCGGCCAAGAAUUGGCACGUUGGCCUCGGAACGGGCCAACGGGCGGCGCAACCAGGCGAGGGAGGCGCUCCUCUACGUCUGGGACAACUUUGUCGACAUUCUCCGGCACGCCACGCCCGAUGCAGACAAGCAGCCCCGCGUUGUGCUCAUUGGUCAUGGCACGGCGUGCGAGGCGGUGCUGCAGCUCAUCGAGGAGCGCCACGUCGAGGCAGCCGUCCGGGCAGUGGUGCAGGUGCCGGCGCACAGCACCAUCCCGGCCAUUGCCAAGGGCAAUCCAGAAAAGCGAAAGUGGUACUGGAACCGCUCAAAGGUUAUCUUGCCGUACAGUCACGCUCUGUACAGUUUUGGAGAGCAAGAGCGCUUGGGGAAGAGGCUUGGAAAGACGGAGAGAUCAAAGGAAGUCAGAGCGGUCAAGGUCCUCUUGGAAGAGUUCGAGGCCAUCUCAUCCUUCAUUGACGAGCAGCUCAGCAAGAAGCGGUGACAGCUGAAAUUCAUUGUGUU